AUGUAUGAAGAAAUGUUUGUAGGACCGAGAUGCCUCCUGUCUCAUCCAGCUAACUCUCCUCAUAAUUUGUCUAUUCGAUACGGCCGUCAUUUCCUUCGGCUAACGUGCUUCACCUGUGGCGGUAAAAAAGGUACGCCGGAGAAUGAUUGUAUCCAAUACUACUGUACCAUCUGCGAUGUGGAGUUCCACAACGGUUGUCAUCGGCGUCCGAGAAAGAUAACACAUCCUUAUCACCUUCAACACCCUCUCACUCUCUUCUAUCGAAACCCUGAAACCGGAAUCAUAUCCGACGACUUCAUCCCUGAGCCCUCCAGCCCCGAAGAAUCGGAUACGUCUGAUCAAGGGAAGCCUUUCUUUGUCCAAAUGAUUCCUUUUAAGUCCGACAUCGUAUUCGACAAAUGCACUUGGUGUAGAAUAAUUUUAAAUGGUGACUGGUCCUAUCGUUGUUUGAUCUGCAGCUUUUGCUUGGAUCUCUCUUGUGCGGAGACGGUUCCACUUGUUACUAUUCCAAACCCCAAAAACCAUCCCCAUUCACUCCUUCUCCUCCCUCGACCAACCUUGACUCCAUGUGAUACUUGCGGGUUAGUCAACGUGCUGGAGCCGAGUUAUGCAUGCUUCCAGUGUAAUUACAUGGCCCAUGGAAGCUGUAUCGACCUACCCCGAGUCAUAAAGAUCACGCGUCACCCACACCGUCUAUCUUGUAUACCUUACCGUUCACCUGUGAUUUCUUCAUGCCAGAUCUGCUACAAGAACGUUGAUAUUAAGUAUGGGCAAUAUUCUUGCAAUCAGGAGGAUUGUUCUUAUGUAGCUCAUUCUACAUGUGCAACACAUAAAAAUGUUUGGGAUGGGACAGAACUCGAAUGGGAAAAAGAGGAAGCUGAUGAAACCGAAGAUAUGUCACCUUUCAAAAUUUUAGGCGAUGGUUUGAUUCAGCAUCUUGGUCACAUACAUCCUUUGAAGCUCAAGAAGCACGAUGGUGUUGGAGACACAGAAAAGCAAUGUCAAGCGUGCGUGUUUCCAAUCAUCUCUCACCAAUUCUAUUAUUGCGAGGAAUGCAACUACUCUCUCCAUGAGGUUUGUGCUGGCCUUUCUCGAAAACUGGAUCAUGCAUUGCACAAUCACACUCUUAUCCUUGAUCCCUCUCCAAAGGAUAGUUGGGAAUCCAGGUAUUAUUGUUCAGCUUGUUCCCGACCAUCAACUGGUUUCAGGUACAUAUGCCCUAAAAAAAGCUGCAUAUACAUUUUUAAGCUAGAUGUUCGAUGCGUCUCAGUUCCAGAGUGUUUCGUCCAUAAAAGUCACGAACAUCCCAUUUUCCUCUCCACAUCCCACAGCAGCACCGAUGAGAAUCAUGAGAUCCUAUGUAAAGGUUGCAAGAAAAGAUGUUCGGGGCCUCACCUACAGUGUACGGUAUGCGAAUUUGCUUUGUGUUACCCAUGUGGUACCAUUCCAAAUGAAGUACAAUACAGGUUUGACAAGCAUCCUCUCACUCUUUCCUGUGGAGAAAGUGCGGAUGACAUUUAUUGGUGCGAGGUGUGUGAGAAACAGUUGGAUACAGAAGAAUGGUUCUACGCAUGUAACAAAUGCUGCACCACUGUCCACCGUCGAUGCAUAUUUGGAUCCUCUUACUUUAUGAAACCUGGUUCCAUAUUCGAUGAGUAUAAAGGAGAGGUGGAGGUUUUCCGCAACAGUAGUAACACUCGACCGAUUUGCUAUGAAUGUCGCCACCGUUGCACCAGUUCCAUCUACUACCUAGCUACAUGA